AUGGAUCCUGAGGGAUUCGCUGGACCGAAGGUAGUCCAACCUUUGACGCCUGAGGCACUCGCAAAGUUUAAUGCUGCGCAAGCUCGCACUGGCGUAAUCUACAUCUCACGAAUACCUCCUGGCAUGCGUCCUGCCAAAGUACGCCAUCUGAUGAGUGCCCAUGGUGAAGUGGGGAGAGUGUAUCUCCAGCAAGAAGACGCCAAACGUGCGUACCUCCGGCGAAAGUACACGUCCACCAAGAAGCCGCAUUUCACUGAAGGCUGGGUUGAAUUCAAGGAAAAGAAGGUUGCUAGAUCUGUAGCUGAGAUGCUGAAUGCGCAGCCGAUCGGCGGCAAGAAGGGCACCCGUUGGCGAGACGACGUGUGGACUAUGAAGUACCUCCCCAAAUUUAAGUGGAACAUGUUGACUGAACAAAUAGCACACGAAGCUGCUAUUCAUACUGCGAAGCUGCGCGUCGAGCUUGCGCAGUCAAAGACGGAACAACGUGACUAUCUUAGGAAUGUCGAACUGGCACGAGUAUUGGACAAACGUAAUGAAAGGAGAAAGGAAAAGGGUUUAGGCCCGCUUGAGCUGAAGCGCCCCACUGAGGAUAGAGAAGAGGAACCUCGGAAAAGAUCGAAGGCUAUGGAUGAUACACAGCUUGAUAGCGUUUUAGGUAGCAUCUUUUAG